AUGAAAUUCGGCAUUACACUAUCUAUUCUUUCAUUGGGGCUGCUCGUGGCAGGCCAGCAAGGAGAGACCAUCCAUUGCGGCCGCAAGCUUCCAUUUUGCCCGUUAGAUUACCGGUGCGUCCCAGACAGCCCAAAGUGCACCGACAUCCGUCUCUGUCCCGGCCAUUGUGAAUUCAUCCGCAAAUACGACGACUGCGGUGGCAAUCGCAUCAUCCCGAAGAACUGUCCCUCCGGCAGCAGAUGUUCUCCUGAUCCUCGAGUUCCUGGCGCCGACUCCAGCAUGCCUGGCAUCUGUAUUCCCAACAACCAGCCCUCAUGCAGCGGGUUCAUCGGCCUCCAGUGCCCCGACGGACUCACUUGUUACGACGUCCCAGAAGAUGGAUGCGACCCUCAGCAUGGUGGAGCAGACUGUAUUGGAGUCUGUCUGUAG